AGAUGGACGCACAGUGACAUUUUUGUGUAACGGACAGUGCGGGCUGUUAGAGGAUUAUACUGUUUACUUACGUCUUCUUUUUGAGUUUCCUCUGUGUUUGAAACAAACGUACUAAUAUGUGGCAACCUGUUUUAUUUAUUUAUUUAUUUAUUUUGGCAAGAGUUUUGUCUUUGUUUCAUUAAUGUUAGGCAGGUGAAAUAGGGAGUUACCCCUCUUGACAUUAAGACAUCUUUGGCUCCACAUGAUAUCAGCGCCUGAAUGACAUUUACUGGAGGAAGCUAGCAUUUGCGCUAUAUUUUAUGAAGUAAAAAAGGACUUGUUGCACAAUAUGGUUUCUAGGUAGUGAUAAAAAUAGCUAACUCCAGUAUACAGCACCACAUUUCCAACUACAGCCGACGGGGAAUCACGAAGCCUUUGCUCUUGUAGCUAGCUAAGCAUGGAGUGUCUCAGGACUUUAAAACCCAUGUUUACGGCUCCCCUACACCGGUCACCUCUCAGGUGUAUCCAGCUUAGACUCUGUUCUAAAUUUGCUGUCACUUCAAAAGAAAAGAAUAAAAGUGUAGGCAAGCACAAGAGUCAGAUAUCAUCCGGUCCAAGUUUUCAGGAUUUCAUUAAAGGAGUUGCAGCCAGUAGGACCCGAGCUGCAGAUGGAGAGCUCUCAGAAAAGCACGACUAUCUCUCUGAAGACCUGUUGAUGGGGAACUCGAGGAAAGUUUAUUUUGAAACCUAUGGAUGUCAGAUGAAUGUAAAUGACACAGAGAUAGCCUGGUCCAUCCUGCAGAAGAAGGGCUAUGAGCGCACAGUUCAUCUAAAUGAGGCAGAUGUUGUUCUUCUGGUAACAUGCUCUAUAAGAGAAAAGGCUGAACAAACAAUAUGGAAUAGACUACAACAGCUAACAGCCAUGAAGAGGAAACGAUUAAAGACCCAUACACCAAUGAAAAUUGGAAUUUUAGGCUGCAUGGCAGAGAGGCUGAAGAUGGAGCUUCUGGAGCAAGAGAAGCUGGUGGAUGUCCUCGCCGGUCCAGAUGCGUACCGGGAUCUUCCGCGCCUCUUGACUGUAGCUGAUGGAGGUCAGCAGGCAAGCAACGUGCUGCUGUCUUUAGAGGAGACCUAUGCUGACGUCAUGCCUGUCCACCAUGCACCGCAGGGAUGCAGUGCUUUUGUGUCCAUCAUGCGAGGCUGUGACAACAUGUGCAGUUACUGCAUUGUUCCCUUCACUCGAGGGAGAGAGAGGAGUCGCCCCGUGCGCUCUAUCCUGGAGGAAGUUCGUAUGCUCUCUGACCAGGGUGUGAAGGAGGUGACGUUGCUGGGUCAGAAUGUGAACAGCUACAGGGACACAUCAGAGGAGCAGUUCUGUGGCUCAGAUGUGACCAAGCUCAGCCGCGGCUUUAAGACCAUCUACCAAAGCAAACGGGGGGGCCAACGCUUCUCUGACCUGCUCGACCGAGUGUCACGCGUCGAUCCUGACAUUAGGAUCAGAUUCACAUCACCUCACCCCAAGGAUUUUCCAGACGAGGUUUUGCAUCUGAUUGCGGAGCGAGGCAACAUUUGUAAGCAGAUCCACCUCCCAGCCCAGAGUGGAAGCAGCCGGGUCCUUAAAGCAAUGCGUCGUGGUUACACCAGAGAGGCCUACCUCGAUCUUGUGAAGAACAUUAAGCAGAUCAUCCCAGAUGUGAGUCUCAGCAGUGACUUCAUCUCAGGCUUUUGUGGUGAAACCGAGGAUGACCACCAGCAGACUCUGUCUCUAAUCAGAGAGGUGGGCUACAAUGUGGGAUUCCUUUUUGCUUACAGUAUGAGAAAGAAAACGCACGCCUUCCACCGGCUCCAGGACGACGUGCCAGCGGAGGUGAAGCAGCGGAGGCUGGAGGAGUGCAUCGCUGUUUUCAGAGAAGAAGCUGAGAGAGUCAACGCUGAUCUCAUUGGCAGCACACAGCUCAUCCUGGUGGAGGGAGAAAGUAAAAGAUCUGCUGCGGACCUGUGCGGGAGAACUGAUGGUAAUGUGAAAGUGAUUUUCCCCAAAGAGGAUGUUUCUGCUCAGCCUGCGGGAUUCAGCGCUGCACCCAUCAGUGCUGGAGACUACGUGCUGGUGAAGAUCUUAACUGCCAGCUCCCAGAGCCUGAAAGGUCGAGCUCUCAGUCACAGCUCCCUGAGGGCCGGCUCUAUGACUCUGCCUAAGGAGCAGCGCGAUGAGCAUGUGGCCUCAGACUCAACCAUGACUGAAACAUGUCACUGAUUGAUGGGCACAGAUGACACCACAGAAAACAGACUGCUAACAUUUCCUUCUUCACUCGUCUGACUUUUACAACAAGCGGAGGCUGCUUUCAGUUGGACCUGUAAAGAUUUCAAUUCUAAAUGUUGAACUGCUGAAGUUUAUUAAAAGCCUGUCUGGAUGAUGCCCGGAGCUUUGCUGUGUGGUACGUGCAGUGGCGUUUUUAAGAUCACUGCAUGUUAAGUAAACUUCAGUAAAAAUAUAACAGAUCAGCACUCCUGUAGAGUCACUCCAUGAGACACAAAGUCAGAAAAUUUACCUUUAAUGUGUUUUAUCUGACCUUUUCAUUCAUU